CCUGACCCAAACCUAAUUAUUGCCUUUAAUUUGUCCUUACUUGGCAACUAAUACUCUAAGGGUCGCUCUUGGCAGAUUCCUCUAUUCCUUCCACUCAUUAUAGUCUUUGGAAGUUCUUGCUUUCUCGCCCUUACUGAUCAGCUAUGGAACAGAUCAAGCACACCCAUGUUCAAGUAAGAGGACUAAGACUACAUGUGGCAGAGAUUGGCACUGGUACUAAGGUGGUGUUGUUCCUUCAUGGAUUCCCAGAAAUCUGGUAUACAUGGAGGCACCAGAUGGUUGCUGUUGCAGAAGCUGGCUACAGAGCAAUAGCUAUUGAUUUCAGGGGCUAUGGACUCUCUGAUCAGCCACCUGAGCCAGAGAAAGGGACCUUAAUGGACCUUGUUGAUGAUGUUGUUGCCCUUCUUGACACUCUUGGCAUCAGUAAGGUUUUUCUAGUUGGCAAGGAUUUUGGGGCUUUGCCAAUAAGCCUAUUAGCUGCCCUUCACCCGGACAGGGUGUCUGCUUUUGUAACUCUUGGUGUUCCUUUCAUGCUACCUGGUGCUAAUGCUGUCCAAAAUCAUCUCAUGCCAAAAGGUUUCUACAUAACAAGGUGGCAGGAGCCAGGGAGAGCUGAAGCAGAUUUUGGCCGGUUAGAUGUUAAGACAGUGAUAAGAAAUAUUUACAUUCUUUUCUCUGGGGUUGAGACACCAGUAGCAGGAGAUGACCAGGAGAUCAUGGACUUGGUUGAUCCUUCUACUCCUUUACCACCAUGGUUUUCUGAGGAAGAUCUAGCAGUUUAUGCAUCUCUUUAUGAGAAGUCCGGAUUUCGUUAUCCUUUGCAGGUUCCAUAUAGGAGCUUAGUAAUAGAUAGUGGAAUAACUUGUCCAAAAGUCAAAUGUCCAGCAUUGUUCAUCAUGGGUGAGAAGGACUACGUCCUGAAGUUUGUAGGUAUGGAGGAUUACAUAAGAAGUGGACAAGUGAAGAAUUUUGUGCCUGAAUUGAGUAUCUUAUUCUUGGAGGAAGGUAGUCAUUUUGUUCAUGAACAACUUCCAGAGCAAGUGAAUGCGAUUCUCAUCGACUUCCUCAACAAACAUAGUAAUUGAAGUUGAUGUUCUGUGAGCACCUCAAGUUUGGUAAUAGUUUCCAUUUGAGAAAAUAAAGUUCCCUUGUAUGCGUCUUUUGAGUUGCUUGAUGUUGAUGUAAUAUGUUUGGAGACAUGAAUUUCCCUUUUAUUUUUA